AUGGAUUUCGUGGUUGGACUACCUGUUUCGAGGACUUUCGAUGCUAUCUGGGUGAUUGUGGAUCGGUUGACUAAGUCUGCACAUUUCUUGGCCAUCAAGAAGACAGAUGGAGCUGCUGUCUUGGCUAGGAAGUUUGUGCGAGAGAUUGUGAGGCUGCAUGGAGUGCCAGCUAGUAUUGUGUCAGACCGUGAUCCCAGAUUCACUUCAGAGUUUUGGAGGGCGUUUCAGGCAGAGAUGGGCACUAAGGUGCAUCUGAGUACAGCUUAUCAUCCGCAGACAGAUGGUCAGUCAGAGAGGACUAUUCAGACUUUGGAGGAUUUGCUGAGGAUGUGUGUGUUGGAUUGGGGUGGCCAUUGGGCAGAUCACCUGAGCUUAGUUGAGUUUGCAUACAACAACAGCUUUCAGGCGAGUAUUGGCAUGGCUCCAUUCGAGGCUUUGUAUGGGAGGCCAUGUAGGACACCCCUAUGCUGGACCCAAGUGGGGGAGCGCAGCAUGUAUGGAGCUACUUAUGUUCAGGAGACGACAGAGAAGGUUCGUGUUGUGAGGCUGAACAUGAAGGAGGCUCAGGAUAGGCAGAAGAGUUAUGCAGAUAGACGCAGACGAGAGCUUGAGUUUCAGGUUGGAGAUAGAGUUUAUCUCAAGAUGGCUAUGUUGAGGGGUCCUAACAGAUCCAUAGCAGAGAACAAGCUACUCCCGAAAAACAUUGUUCAUCAACUUCAUGAAAGCUUCUGGCGCAUUGGUCAGUCCAAACGGCAUUACCACAAACUCGUAAUGACCAUAGCGCAUCCGAAAAGCCGUCUUCCUCACAUCAUUCUUGGCUAUCGGAAUCUGAUGGUAACCUGA